AUGUUGGGCACACCAGUUUUACGGGGAAAAAUGGUUUAUAUCAAUUCGGCGAUUCUUGCCGCAAGAAGUCCUUUCUUUCUCAAGCUUUUCUCAAAUGGCAUGAAAGAAUCUGAUCAGACACAUCCAACACUUAGGAUCGCUGAUUCAGAAGAAUAUGCGAUGAUGCAGCUUUUAAGCUAUAUGUACACUGGAAAGUUGACAACAACUGAGCCCACUCUUCUGCUCGACACAUUGAUGGCUGCCGACAAGUUUGAGGUUCUUUCUUGCAUGAGGCAUUGCAGUCAGUUGCUUUCAAGCUUACCUAUGACCACAGAUUCUGCACUGCUCUACCUAGACCAUCCAUGCUCCAUUUUAAAGGCCGAUGAAGUUAGGCCUUUAACAGAUGCAGCCAAGGAAUUCCUUGCCAACAAAUACAAUGAUUUGGCUAAGUUCAAAGAUGAAAUGAUGAACAUCCCUAUUACUGGUGAAAGUUGCAUAUGUGAAUUCUCGCUUGAGUGGGCAUGUGCACACUAUCCAAAUUUGGAGGAUAGGCAUAAGAUUUUUAGUUCUCGCUUACUUCCACUGUUGCGCUUAAGUCAUAUGGACUUUGCGACACUGCAGGAGGUCCUACCAUGCAUCGAUAAUGACAUAAACCAUGAGCAACUAACAAAGGUACUUCUAUACAAAGCUUAUCCAGGAUGCCAGCAAAGUCCUAUUGCAACCGAUGCGGCAAACCAUUGGCAAUUUGCCGAGCGGGCUUACGAGUUAAAACUUCUAAAAGUGGUUGCAUUUGAUCAACCUUCCUCACAGGUUAUGGUUUACUUGGAUCUAAAGCGUGAGGAGUGCUCCAGACUCUUCCCGUCAGGAUGGAUAUUCUCGCACUCAUUCUUUCUUGCAGGGCAGGAAUUCCGUGUUGUGGCAGGUCGUGUGCUGGGUGAGGAAAGUAACUUUUAUAGCUUUGGCCUCUACCACUAG